AUGAAUGGUCUCAGUGUUGUUUUUGCAAUGCAGAAUCCAUACUUGUUUUGCUUUCAUAUGUUUUUGGUUAUGUGCUUUUGUGUUGACCCUUUGACCGGUUUCAAUGCAACUGCUGCAAAGGCUAAUGUAGGAGUGAUUCUUGAUCUUGACACUGCUCUUGGAAAGAUAUGCAGAACUUGCAUUGCUAUGGCAAUCGAAGAUUUCUACUCCAACCGCGAUUACAACACCAUGAUCGAGCCUCAUUUCAGAGACUCGGAGAAUGAUGUUAUUACUGCAGCUUCUGCAGCUAUAGAACUGUUAAAGAACGCUGAAGUGAUGGCGAUAAUCGGGCCACAAAAAUCCGUUCAAGCAGACUUUGUGAUAGAUAUUGGUGACAAGGUGAAAGUUCCAAUUAUAUCUCCAGCAUCGAGCCCGUACUUAUCGACUAAAGGCUCAUCAUACUUGAUAAGAUCAGCAUGGUGUGCCUCUUCUCAAGUUAAAGCAAUUGCAGCAAUUGUGAAGAAAUUUGGUUGGAGGAAGGUCGUUUUUGUGUACGAGGAUACCAACUAUGGAAGCGGAUUAGUGCCUUAUAUUACUGUUGAUAUGCUAGAGAGCAAUGCUUUGGUCUCACACCAGGCUGUUAUUUCCGCUGAUGCGACAGAGGAUCUAAUUCGAGAGGAGCUCUUUAAGUUGGCGAAGAUAAGGCCAAGGGUAUUCGUGGUUCACAUGCUGCCAGACCUUGCAUCCCGUUUCUUUAAGGUGGCGAAAGAAGCAGGGAUGAUGGACAAGGGGUAUGUUUGGUUAAUAGCGGACGUGCUAACAAGUCUUUUGGAUUUUAUGCCAGAGACAAUGGAGGCGAUGCAAGGAGUAGUAGGUGUGAAGGCUUACGUUCCAAAAUCCGUUAAGUUUGUUGAGUUUGAAAAGAGAUGGAAAAGGAGGUUUCGAUUGGAGAAUCCAGAGUUGGAUGGAACAGAACUCAAUGUUGUUGGUUUGUUUUAUUAUGACAGCAUCACACUUUUGGCAGAGGCAAUCGAACGAGCUGGUGUGACAUCCCUGCGGUUCAAUAGAUCGGUUGAUCAUAGAGAAAAUUUGACAGAUUUGGGAGCAAUAGGAACAUCAUUGGCUGGACCAUCACUCAUUGGUUGGAUGAGACAGCACGUGUCCAAAGGGGUGAGUGGCGAUUUUAACAUAAGUAACGGCCAACUGCAGGCGUAUGCAUUCGAGAUAGUUAAUGUGAAUCGCAGGAAAGAAAUCCAAGUUGGAUUCUGGAGUGAACAAUGCGGAAUCGUACGGGAGAUUAAUGCAGACGAUAAUUGCUCGAUCGAUAAGGAACUUGACCCCAUUGUAUGGCCAGGAAAAGAAAGUGAAGUGCCAAAAGGAUGGGAAGUUUCUGGGAGUGGGAAAAGGUUGAGGGUUGGAGUUCCAUCAAUGAGGGGUUUCAAUAAAAAGAAUGAAGAAACAGGUGUUUUUAAACCAACUGGUUUUUUCAUUGAUAUUUUUGAGAAGGUAUGGCAAAACAUUCCGUAUCAUGUCCCAGUCGAAUAUAUCUUGAUCAAUACAGGAGGUAGGGGUUAUGAUGAUAUCAUAUUGAAAUUAGACGAAGAGGAACUUGAUGCAUUGGUGGGAGAUGUAACGGUGACAGCUAAUAGAUCGAAGCACGUAGAUUUCACAUUCCCUUACUCAGAAUCGGGAGUUGUCAUUGUUGUCCCGAUCAAUCCAAAAGGGAGGAGGAGUGCUUGGAUAUUUAUGAAGCCUCUAACAUAUGGCCUCUGGCUAACCAUUGGCGCCUUCUUUGUCUACACUGGUUUUGUCGUUUGGGUUCUUGAGCAUCGCGUAAAUAAAGCAUUCCGGGGCCCACCUAAGCAGCAAGUUGGAAUGAUAUUCUGGUUCUCAUUCUCAACGCUUGUUUUUGCACACAAGGAGAAAGUAAGGAGCAACUUGACAAGAUUUGUGGUGAUCGUGUGGGUGUUCGUGGUGCUGGUUUUGACGUCAAGUUACACAGCAAACUUGACAUCCAUGCUUACUGUAGAUCGACUGCAGCCCAAGACCAAGCAUCUGAAUGAUCUGAUAAAGAAUAGAGAGUUUGUUGGAUACCGAAUGGGCUCCUUUGUUAGAGAAUUCUUGACAAACAACGACAUUCUUGAAUCCGCGAGCCUGAAAAGCUACAACACCAUGGAUCAGUUCCACGAAGCUCUCUCCAAAGGCAGCAGGAAUGGAGGAGUAGGCGUGAUUAUUGAUGAACUCCCUUACGUUAGGGUUCUCCUUUCCAAGCACUGCGACAAGUAUACCAUGAUCGAUCCAAUAUAUCCGACUUCUGGCUUUGCUUUCGCAUUUCCAAAGGGUUCGCCGCUGGUUUUUGACGUUUCACAAGAGAUCUUGAGGCUGAAAGAGGAUAAGGAUUUGGUGAGGAUCACAAAGAAAUGGCUAGGAGAUGAGAAGGAUUGCCCCAUUGGCAAUGGAGCUCUGAGCACAUCGCAUAGGCUCAGUCCAGACAGUUUCAGGGGGCUCUUCGUCAUUGCUGGGAUGUCGUCAACGCUAGCUCUGGCAAUAUUCUUAUCUAAUUUCUUGUAUGAAAAUCGGUGUCUAUUAGAAUCUACUGCUUCAAUCAAGGAAAAGCUACUCAAACUUGCUACAAUUUUUACGUGGGAGAAAGAUGAAUCAUUGUCACUAAAGGAAAACCGGAUUUCUGAUCAUGGAGUUGGAGAUGUUUCAGCAGCAUUGAGUCCAACCAGGAGCAUUCCAUGUGAAAAAGAUCAUGAAGGAAUGGUUUCACAAGAUGAAGGAUUCUCAAGAGUAGAAAUCUCUGUUAUCCAACCUCCAAGAGACUAA